GUUUGCAGUGUGAAAGUUCACAGGGCAUGCAAAGGUCGUGUUGUGUUUUUAGCGAGCUAUGGCUGCCUUGAGUUGGUUUACGUGCAGACAGCUGCCGCGGAUUGCAAAUCAGUUCGCCUGGGUUGUGAAGCACGUCAGGCCUCAGUACCUCGGGGGACUGCCGGUGAGGAGAGUCCACGGGUCGUCGCGGAAAUGGGUGGCUGAGAAGGGGCCAUGGGGCAAGGCUCGGAUGCCAGAGUAUCAUCUUCUGACAGAACUCGAUAAGGCGGAUGCCUUGAUGCUGAAAAAGUCCCACGAAACUGGGUUCCUGUCUUGGUUCCGGAACGGACUCCUGGCCACCGGGAUCGGGGUCAUCGCUUUCGUCCAGAGUGAUGUGGGACGAGAGGCAGGAUAUGCCUUCUUCAUCCUGGGUGGUGUGUGUGUAUCGUUCGGCGGGGCGUCCUACGUGGGCAGCCUGUUUUCGCUGAGGAGGAUGAUGCUUCUCUCCCUGCCUGCCGUGCUGCUGAAUGUUGCUGUGGUGAGCAGCGUCGCCCUCUUCUGGCUGUGUGCGGUAUCUCUCUACAUCGGACGCCUGGAGGUGGAGAUUAUACAUGAGGAGGACGAGGACGAUGACGGAGAGGAGUGUCCAGACUGUCGGGACCGCGCCAACCACUCCCAUGGCAACCGGCACCACGGCAGCAACAAAGGCCAAGACAAGUAGAGAGUGUGAGUGGCAAAGGUGACGAGGUGUGUGUGUGAGUGAGUGAGAGAGAGGACUGAGAGGAAGUGUGUUCAAAGAGAUGGGGGGGAAUAAAGGGGAUCAGUGAAAGGCAUGAUUGAUUUGGAUGGUGGUUGUUUGCUGACCUCUGAUAUUAAUUUGUGUGGGUGGGUGUGUUAAAUUGCUGGAAUAAAGAGUUACUUUUUAGUUCAUAAUAUCAAUGUUAGAAUUUUUUUUUAAAUUGUAGUUUUAUUUUGCACAGGCACUCUGUGAGAGUGCCUCGUUUGAGUUGAUUUACUCCUGAUCAUGUUUACUUUAUGAAUCAAAGUGCCCUGUACAAUUCCCAAGCCAUACUCUGAGCCAGCUCAUGCUGUGUUCACCUAAAUAUGGUUUUGAUUGAUGUAAAAAAAAAAAAAAUUUUUAUAUCAGUUUAUUCUAUAUUUAUUACGAAGGAGUACUUGGAUUCUCUGUAGUAAUCCAUGCUGGUGAUGUAGAAUGAGGAGAUGUAGCCCAUGUUGCAGUGUUGAAUGGAUGAACUAGCCCUAUGUGAAUUUGCGAUAUAAUGUAUAAAUACUCUAGGUAAGUAAUCAGCAAUGGUCUAUAUUUGUGUAAUCGAUUUUCUCUGUGUGUAAAAGUCUGGGUUUUUCUUAUGUGUUCUGUAUUUUAGAUUGAAAAGUUUCUUUUAACUCAAAGGCUUUGGCCUUUUUCCCAAAGGGUUUUGUGAUUCAAUAUACUUUUGUCACAAAGCAAAUGAC